AUAUGGGAUUUGAUCUAGAGGCUAUUAAAGUAGCGAUGAUAGCGAGCGAAAAAGGAAAUUUCCAGGAGAUAUUGGACACGUUAUCUCAAAACACGACCACACCGACGACAUAAAAAGGAAAAGCUAAGUGAAUGAACAUUUGACACCUGCACAGAAUGAUCCACACAGCGCUGGUGUCUUUUCAGACGAGGAGGAAGGCCCAGCAGUGCUUAGGGCGCAAGAAGAGCAAUGGAGAAAGAACGUGAAAAGCGCAGAAAAGAUUAUUUAGCGCAAAUUAGACGGAAUAAACCGAUUCCACCCACACCUAAUUCUGGCAACAGGAGCAAUAAUGACCAUUAGAAUGUUAAACAACAUGAUACACUCUAUAUUAGCUUUUUCAUUUUCCACUCCUCCUCCUCAUGCACAACCUCAGCCCACAUCCGCCAAACGUCUCCCCACUCUACUACAUCAUCCUCCUUUCACGUCAGUACGCCUCCACCACCGCCUCAGACGGAUCCCCUUACAGAUUAUGCGGAUGAAGAAAGAAAAGAAGGCAAAAUUUUUGUUCAACCAUGAACAGUUAGAUGAAGCGUAAGCUUCCUACACGCUUGCAAUACAAACCCUACCGGCGGAUCAUAGCGAUAGUGUCUUGCUCUUCAACAACCGCGCUGCUGCCCGACUCAAGCAAGGCCAAUUCUAAGAUUGUUUAGUGGAUUGUACGCUAGCGAUCUAGCUCAUAAACAUAUCAACAGUAACACCUCACCGAGCAAAAUCAUGAGCGCUACGAAUACAAACAUGAAAUCACAAUUGCUAAAAUCUUUGCACAGAAAAGCAUGUGCGUUGGAACGUCUGCAUUUUUCGAAACAGCUUUCCAGUGUAUGAGGAAUAUAUAAGGAUAAAUGGUGAAGAAAACCCACUUGUUGU